UACAUCAUGUGGAGGGAAUGGAGUUGCUUACGUCCUCAGAGUUGGAGGCAGUCAAUGGGACAGAUGUACGGCUCAAAUGUACAUUUAAAUCUACACAUCCUCUCUCCGAAGAAAGAGUCUCUGUAUCCUGGAGCUUCCGACCACUCGGAAAGACGACAGAAGAAUCGAUUUUUCACUACCAAAAAAGUGAAUUUCCCCCGAAAACAGGCAUGUUUAAGGGUCAUGCUGUAUGGUCUGGUGAUAUAAUGAAGGGUGACGCAUCCAUCACGCUGCAGAAUGUGCAGCUCAGAUUUAAUGGUACCUACAGCUGCCAAGUCAAAAAUCCACCCGACAUCCAGGGCUUUGUAGGCGAGAUCAGCCUCAGAGUCAUUGAAAAAGUUUCAUUCUCUGAAAUUGGAAUACUGGCAAUAGCUGUGGGUGGAUCCAUUGGUGUCGUUCUCCUGAUCCUCAUCAUUUAUAUUGUUGUGCGGGUGUUCUGGAGACGGGACGAUGACAUGGAUGUUGAGAUGGAGGACCACAAAUGAAAGGAUCAGGUGCUGUGAGAGAGGAUGCCUGACUCAGGGUUUUAGUCAGUCUGUGCUGUUAGUUUUCUGUCAGGACUAACCCAUUUCAACUACUAGUGAUACAUAACAUUUUGCCACAGGAUUUUCUAAUUAUAUGAAAUAACAGAGUAUCUAGAUGGCAAAUUGAUCUGUAGAAGCUUACUUUCUUCUACUGAUAAUUUUACCAAGAUAUGGUUUCAGUUAUCAUAACUUUUUUUUUUGACUUUUAAUCUAUGAAAGCUUAAGGUGAGGUAAAUUUUUAUACAUAAAGUGAGAUCAUCUAUCCUUUGUAUUCUUAAAAAUAUGAGAUACCAAGUUUUUAUGUGUAUAUAAACUCUGACUUCAUCGUACGUUCAUUAAAUGUGGUUCACAAACCUGUGCAGCAAAAAAAAAAAAACUAUCCUUUUAAAAGAGCAAUAUAAUUUCUAAACCCAGUAACAACUUUUGUAAAUAUAUAUAUAAUAUGGAUGGAUAAAAAAAAACUGCAGAAAAAAAAAAA